AUGUCUUCCUUUUCCCUUAAGCGAUCCUCGGAGCUGUCCUUAGACGGCCCCGAUCCGGAUCCACAAGCGUUCAGUGUUCGUAGGAUCGAGUCCAUCUCAGACCGUCUGAGCGAAGUAGGCUCGUCCAUGCUGGGUCGUUCGAUGACGCGCUACGUUGACACCUUUUUCUACAUCAGUCCAGAAGUGCAAGCUGCCAGUCGAAAACAUGUUCUAUGA